AUGCCGACGUCUCGGUACGACUGCGGCGAUGACCUCUGCACGGCGGCCGGGCCGUCUACCACGAUCGGCACCCUCUUCUCCCUCUCGCCCUUCCUCGCGACCUUCGCCAUCGUCGCCCUCGUAGCCGCCAAGAAGGUCUUCCCCAAGCUCUCCCGAGUGAGUGCCCAUGACGACGGCGAAGACCACUACCUGCCGGCGUCGGCCCCGCUGUCCCUGCAGCAGGCGCACGCCGAGCACGGGUCGAAGAGCGUCCGCCGCCGCGUCGCCGCCGCCACCUUCGCCGCGACGAUCGGCCUAGCCGCCGUGCUGGGCGAGCUGAUCCUCGCCGAGAUCGCCGACCUGGUGCCCGCGCGCGCGCGCGACGCCGCCCUGCGCGCCGUGGUGCCGACGCUGCUGUUCGUGCUCGUCGCCCUCAUCCCCUUCCUCGAGAUCCAGAGCGUCGUCGCCGGCGCCGGCUUCCGCUUCCAGCGGACCGCCAGGGGCCGCCUGCCGCGCGUGUCGUGGACGCUGCAGCUGCUCAUCUUUGGCGGGUGGCUGUUCGUCUUCUGGAGCCUGGGGCGCGCGGUCCCGGGCAGCGAUGAGAGCUAUAUAUAUGCGCGGGACGCGCGGGACAACUUCGACAGCACGGGCGUGUCGAUCGGCACGAAGCUCGCGGACGAGGAGAAGAGCCUUGGGUGGCCGGGCUGGUCGCGCGAGGCGCUGGCGCGGGCGUGUCUUGAGCGGAUCGGCGUCAUUGGCAUUGCUCUGAUGGCGCUGCUUUCGGGGUUUGCGAGUGUGUCCAGCCCGUGGCAUACGUUUGCUGAUAAUAGGGGUGCGAGGAGGAAACCGGUUACGGAUGCGGACAUUGCGAGGAAGCAGUCGGGAAUCGAUGCUACUAGCGAACUGUUAUUAACGAAACGACAUCGCCUACGAUCACUCCAGAGAAAGCUUGCGGUGGCUGCGGAGACAUCGGCUGCGGCGGGAUCAAAAGGGAUGAUGGGCAAGCUUGUGGGCUCAUUCAAGGGGAUGGGCAACAGCGAUGCCGCAGAGAUCAAGACUCUGCAGCUUGAGAUCUCUGGCCUAGAGACAAUGGAGGCGAAUCUGUCAUCGUCUCUGUCACAGUUGCAAACCAGACAGAGUGCACAAGCUCGCGCAGGUACCGCCGUGGGCUUGCUCAUCGAUAUUCCGACGUACGCCUUCAGCCUGUACUGCUUAUACCGCGUCAUGGCGACGUCUCUCACCAGCUUGCGCCGACUCUAUAACCCCGGCUCGAGCUUCUCGUCUUCUGACCCGAUCAAUCGCUUUCUGGGUCUGCUCGCCAAGCACUGGGACCCGAAGCUCGACCAGAUUGCGUGGGCACGCCAGAUCUCCUUCUUACUGACUGGGGUGAUCCUCAUCGCCAGCGCCAACUCGGUGGUUCAGACUUUUCGCAUAUUCGCAAAGUGGACGCCUGGGCUGCUCUAUCAGGCACAGGCUAACCUAGCCCUGCUCAUUGGGCAGAUCUCUGCCACAUAUGUUAUCUCAGCCGCCCUACUACUCCGAAGCAAUCUACCUAAGGACGUCAGUAGCGCCGUUGGUGAUGCCUUGCAGAGCGCAUUAGAGCCAGGCUUCGUUGAUCGUUGGUUCGAGGGCUGGUUUCUGCUCGCGAGUGUGGCGACGGCGGUGGGUAUAUGGAUAGGGCGGAAGAUCGGGGGCGGUGGUGACUGGGAUGAUUGGGACGAGUACGGAGGCGAGGAGAUGGGACAAAAGAGAUCAUGA